AAAGCUGUCUGCCAGACCCGUGGGCUGUUACAACAAGACAGUGCCACAAUGCUGAGCUCAGGCCUGCGGAUUCCCCUCCUUUCCCCCCUCCUCCUCCUGCUGUUCGCUGAGAUGGAGCUGAGCUGGUCCUUUACAGAUGAGGAAAAGAAGCAGAUCGUGGACCAACACAACCUGUAUCGUUCCAUGGUUUCCCCGUCAGCUGCAGACAUGCGGAAAAUGCACUGGGAUUCAGAACUGGAAGCCUUUGCCAAAAACUACUCAACAAAAUGUAUUUGGGAACAUAAUAAAGAACGUGGCUACCGUGGAGAGAAUCUUUUUGCCAUGUCUGGAAACCUGGAUCUGGAGACAGCGGUGAACGAUUGGUAUAUUGAGUACCAGUAUUAUAACUACAGCACAUUGGCAUGUGAAGAAGGGAAAAUGUGUGGUCAUUACACCCAGGUAGUUUGGGCCACCAGUGAACGUGUUGGCUGUGGAACAACGUUCUGUGAAACUCUGGAACUGAUAAACGAUACUGACAUGCAUUUGUUUGUUUGCAAUUACCACCCCCCGGGAAAUAUAAGGGGAUAUAAGCCAUAUAUCAUGGGAGAUUCAUGUUCCAUGUGCCCAGAUGGCUACUCCUGCAACGACAAUCUCUGUGAUUCCACUGCUGAUGUAGGAGAAACUACUGUACCACCCACAGUCCCUGAGUUGGAAACAACUACUAUCCUAACUGCAAGCCCAAGUUUGCAGUCUAUCAUAACCGUUUCAGCAGAACACAUACCAGGAACUCCCCAAAUUGGCACUGAAACAGGAUCAGAACCUCCCACUACAGAUGAUCAAGGCACCGCUUCAGGCUUCCAAAUUCGCACCGAAGCACAACCCAUUGUGACAGAAGGGCCAGAUGUGGUAUCUGACCUGCACGCAGGCACGGAUGGGAUUGAUGAAUUCUUGAUGACCACAACCAGUGCUACGUCUUUUAUAAACAUAAUCCCUUCUUCUAUUUCUCCUGAAACGGAAACUAAAAAAACUACUGGCACAGAGCAUCCAUCUUCUACUGAUGUCUUAAUCACAGCCCAAACAUCCCUGAUCAAGACUGAGCGACCUGUAACUACUCUCACAACUACAAAGACUGUCUCCACUCCCAAACUGCCAUCUGUACCUAAGCCCCCCUCCGUGGCCAAGCCCCCCUCCGAUCUCAAGCCCCACUCCGUGGCCAAGCCCCCUUCUGAUUUCAAGCCCCCCUCUGUGUCCAAGCCCCACUCCGAUUUCAAGCCUCCCUUCAUCCCUAAGUCUCAUAUUUUUCCUAAGCCACCCCCCAUCCCUAUAAAACGCCCCAUCUCUAAAAAACCAGCACACUAUCGUUUGAUGGCCUAUUCCAAAGCCAUCCAGAGCAGCAGCAAUUCUUUCCAGUCUUCUGCAGGUAAGGCAGCCUCAAUAUCUGUCUGCCUGCCCUGCCUUGGGUGCAAACAGAUCAGCCAACCAGAGGACAUAAAGGCUGCACUUAAAGAGCUGACCUUCAGGUAUCCCUACGCACCUUGCUUUGGCUCCCUUCCCCGAUGGCAACGACACAGCAAGUGCAGUUGGUGUGGGCACACUCAAAACAAUGCACUUAGAAACACCAGGCCUUACUGGCUCCACACUUCAUAGUUGUUCCUAAUCUAACGUAUUUACAGGUAGUACUCAACUUACAACAAUUUGUUUAGGGAACGUUUCAAAGCGACUU